AUUUUUUUUGGGAUUAGACCCCUUUAAACAAAUUCAUCACUUGGUCAUAAUCAAUUUGAAGGUCAUUUCAAUAUUUGGCCUUUGGCAAACCUUCAAAAGAACAUCAAACUUAUAGCUGCCAAAGAAAAAAAAAAAGGAAGGAAAUUCGGUUGAUCUGGCUACCAAGAAGAGAAGGAGCUAAUUGUUAAAGGUGAUAGAUAAUUCAGGCAAAAUACCCUCCCCAAUGUGUUGAAUGUCUAAAAUGGAUGAUUUCUCAUUGGAUUUUGGCUAUCUGAUAAAGGGUUGUUCUGCACUUCCAUUUCAGCCAAGUCUGCGAAACAAAAUUGCAUUAAUAAGGCAGGAACAAGUAUUAUAGACAACCUUUGCAAAGAAAAGCUUUUGUAAUUCCUUCUUUAUUGGUUUGAAGUCAAAGAGAGCCUUUUGCUGUAACAAAAAGGUAAAUGCCUAUGCAUUUGCAUGACUUCUUUUUCACAUUUACAAUUUGUUCAUCAAGCUCAUGCAUAGUAUCCUCCUCCUUUCCAUUUUCAUGUUUCUGGUUAAUCUUCCGAUGUUUUCAUAUGGAAUAAGAACUGAAUUGCCAAGAUGGAAUUUUUUUCCUUCAAGCUUUGCAGAAGAAUCAGGUGGAAUGAUUGAGCUUCAUCUUUUGGUAAUAGUUGAGCAAUUGUUAGAUUCAGUCGUAGUCUGAAGUCCUCUUCUCUCUUUGUUUUCACUUGGUAUGUGGUUGAAUUAACGAUCUUUAUUUGCCUCCUUUAAGUUACUGGAAAGGAAUAUGCAAUCUGAAAUUCUUGCAAAAUUCACAAAAUUCUACAUAUAAUAGUUACAAGACUGCUUGUUCUUCAAUAUGAAUUUCUGCUCAUAGAGAAUGCACAACUUGAAAUGCUUGUCCUUUUGGCCUGAAAAAAUACUUCUGUUUUAUUUAUAAAGUGACAUUUUGUUUUGGCUAUGUUGAUGAUUGUAGCCGACUUAAUAUAUAUAUUGCAGGAGAAGUCGGAAUAGAGGGAGAAACAAUGGUGCAGCUUACUAGUAUUUUCUCAAGCUUGGCAAGGACCAUUUCCUUUAAGAAUGAAAGGAAAGUAAGCAUCCUUGAUGUCGCUGGCGGAUCAGGGAAGGAAGCAGCAGAUUCGAUGGCCAAAGAAGCAAGGAAAAAUGGAAUGCUUCUGACUUCUUCUGGCUUUAUCAAUUCAAACCGGUCCAGUAAUGAUAAUGUUAUGGUUUCUGCAUAUUCAAAGAAGGGCCAAAAGGGUCCAAAUCAAGAUCGCCUCGUCGUGUGGCAGGAGUUUGGAUGCCAAGAAGACAUGACGUUUUGUGGAAUAUUUGAUGGGCAUGGGUCGUGGGGACAUAUUGUGGCUAAACAAGUGAAGAAAUUGAUGCCAUCCCUUUUGCUCUGCAACUGGCAACAGACUCUUGUUGCUUGUCAGUGUGCGCCGCUAAAGAAGCCACCGGAGGAGGUUAUAGAUGAUGGUGGGGAAUGCCAAAGGCAGUUUGAGGUUUGGAAAGAAUCAUACUUGAGGACUUGCUCCGCUGUAGAUUACCGACUCUCGCAGCUCCCCGGGAUUGACUCUUUCUAUAGUGGAUCAACAGCUUUGACAGUUGUCAAACAGGGUGAUGAGAUAUAUGUGGCGAAUAUUGGCGAUUCCAGGGCCGUGUUGGCCACAACUUGUGAUGAUGGUUGCUUGGUUGCAACUCAGCUCACAGUAGACCUGAAGCCAAAUCAACCUCAAGAAAGCAAGCGAAUCGAAGAGUCAAGAGGAAGGAUAUUUUCAUCAAGAGAUGAACCAGGAGUGUACAGAGUGUGGAUGCCAAAUGAAGGUCCUGGGUUGGCGAUAUCAAGAGCCUUUGGGGACUAUUACAUGAAAGAGUUCGGCCUGAUUUCGGACCCAGAAUUGACUCACAGAACGAUAAGUAGCAAGGAUGAGUUUUUGAUAGUGGCAACCGAUGGUGUGUGGGAUGUGAUGUCAAACCAAGAAGCAGUGGACAUUGUGACGGCUUCAGCUUCAAAAAGGUGCCCAGAAUCAGCAGCCAAGAGGCUGGUGGAAUCCGCAGUUUGUGCUUGGAAAUGUAAGAGGCCUGGGUUUGCCAUGGAUGACAUUUCUGCCAUCUGCCUCUUCUUUCACUCCUGAAAAGCCUGCAGCUUAGAGUUAGAUCCAUCGAAUUCCACCUCCACAAAACCAAAUACCGUAUGAGAAAUCAAAUCACCACUAGAUUCUCGCUUUCUUUUGAAUGUUUGUGAAAUCUUGUAAUUUCUCACUUUUGAAGUAAAUACACGAUGUACAUACUCCAAAUACGCUAAUAAAAGUACAAGAUCUAAAAGCCAAUACUUUCUGUAUUUGUGUCCAUGGUGUUUUAAUCAGACAGGCUGCUGUGGUUUCAAUUUUAUGAGAUGUCCCAAAGGAGCCUUCCCACUUUAAAACAAU